GAACCACAUAUGCCUAAAUCUGGAGGAAGUGGUGUGACAGACAGACAUCGACGCUUACACACAGCUGCGGGUACACAAGUCUGGGAUAUGAAUAUCUCCUGAAUCGCUUUCUGCUUAAUAAGGAAAUUUGCGUGAAUGAGGCAACCCGGGACAGAAGCUGCUGAAGCAUUUGAAGUCGUGUUUUCUUCCAGUUCGCUGAGCCUGCUGUCCUGCAGAGAAAGUCUGUCCGCAUCUGUCCAGAAAGCCGCAGGUGUUCAAUACAGAAGCAUCAAACGCUCCAGCCCUGCUCAUGGCAAAGAUGAGCUGGGCUGUCGGUACACAGUGUGUAGCCAAGGGGGACCACAGGAAACUAAAACCUGGAGAACUGGCAUACAACAAAGGAGACAUCCUCACUAUUGUUGACACGAGCACGAAGAAAGGAUAUUACCAGGCCAAACACAACACCACAGGAGAGGAGGGACUCAUAAACUCCACCAAUGUGCGUGAAAGAGAGGCUCUGCGUGUCGACCCCGGCCUCAGCCUCAUGCCCUGGUUUCAUGGGAAGAUCUCUGGUCCAGAGGCAGUGUGUAAGCUGCAGCCCUCCGAGGAUGGCCUGUUCCUGGUUCGAGAGUCCAUCCGCCAUCCCGGCGACUACGUCCUGUGUGUCAGUGUCUCUGGAGAGGUCAUCCACUAUCGGGUGAUUUAUCAGGACAGCAAGCUGACCAUCGACAACACACAGUAUUUCUACAACCUCAUUGACAUGAUAGAGUUCUACUCAAAGAACAAAGGUUCCAUUGCCACAACUCUCCUGAAGCCCAAACAAAAACAAGGAGCCAAGUCAGCUGAGUUGGAGCUGUCUAAAAAUGGAUGGCUGAUGGACAUUACAAAGCUCAUCCUGGGAGAGACUAUUGGAGAGGGGGAGUUUGGCGCUGUUUAUGAAGGAGAGUAUAUGGGCCAGAGGGUGGCAGUAAAGAUCAUAAAAUGUGAUGUCACCGCUCAGGCAUUCCUGCAGGAGACAACCGUCAUGACGAAGCUCCAGCAUAAAAACCUUGUACGAUUGUUGGGGGUCAUUCUUCACAAAGGGCUUCAUAUUGUCACAGAGCUCAUGACUAAGGGAAACCUUGUUAACUUUCUCAGGACAAGGGGACGUUCAGUCGUGAACUCAGUUCAGCUGCUCCACUUUGCUCUUGAUGUGUGUGAGGGGAUGGAGUACCUGGAGUCCAAGAAGUUGGUUCACAGAGAUUUGGCAGCUCGUAACGUGCUGGUCUCCGAUGACAAAGUGGCCAAGGUCAGCGACUUUGGGCUGACCAAGGUGGACUCAAAGGUCUCAGAUAAUGCCAAACUGCCCGUCAAAUGGACCGCCCCUGAGGGUCUGAAGAAAGAGAAAUUCUCCACGAAGUCAGAUGUUUGGAGCUACGGUGUUCUUCUGUGGGAGAUCUUCUCUUACGGUCGCCAGCCUUACCCUAAGAUGUCUCUGCAGGAGGUGAAAGAGAAAGUGGAGCAGGGCUAUCGCAUGGAGGCUCCAGAGGACUGCCCCCCUGGUGUUUACUCCCUGAUGAGGAUUUGCUGGGAGCAGGAGCCACGCAAAAGACCUGCUUUCCACAAACUGAGAGAGAAACUUGAACGAGAAAUGGCUAAAAUCAGCCCAAGCCCUGGGUCCCAGCAUGGGGAUGGGAUCAGGUCUGGAUGCUGAUCUUGGCUGGGAAUCUUGAACUCACAAGGGUGGGAAUAGAGUGCCGGCAUAUUGUCACCCCCUCUCGCACACAUAACUGUUCCAACUGGAUUCCUUUAACCUAACGGAUGACAAGAUGAUCAUUAUGUUUCUCUGGUCAUCAUGUUAUACCAAUGAGAAAGUGUUUUAAUGUUUUUUUGUAAACGGAAUAUACUAAUGGGUGAAUCAAACCAAUAAUGUGAUCAGAUUUUUUGCCAAUCAUGGAUUGCCAGAGGAUGAAUCCAAAUAACUUUUUACAUUUAAAAAUAUGUUGAAAUUGCUUUUGACUACAAAAAAAGGGAUGAAUUGGAUUUCACUUUAAAUCUCUCAGACAACAAACAUUUAAAAUCAACCCACAGAGCAAUGCACAGGCACAAUUUGUAAAGUCUGUAAGUCUGGUGAUAUUGUUUUUUUUUGUCAACAUGGCCCAUGUAGAGAAAAAAACAACAAUGCAUGAAUCCCACUAAUAAAUAUUGUCCAUGUAGCUAGAACCCAAUAACGUGUUCAUCUGUAUGCAGGGCUGGACUGGCAAUCUAGCAUACCAGGCAAAUGCCCGGUGGACCGACGCACCUUUGAGGCCGGUGUAACUUAAAUUAUUUAUGUUUUUAAAAACAUAAUAAACAACAAUCGGCCCAUAAAGCACGGACAGCGGCUUAUUGGGUUAUUUUCUAUAGGCUACUGACACUAUACUGACACAUCUCUCACUAGCCCGCACACCCUCUGCUCUCUGUUUUUUGUGUUGCGGGCCAAAAAAAAAAAACAGAUGCCGCCAAAUGCGCGAAAAUAACCGAUAUGUUUGCUACCGGGGCUGCGGUAGCUUCAACAUCAGCUGCAGUAUCCGUCAUACAGCAGGCACAGGCACUAGAGGGAGUAAAGGAGAGCCGUGGCCACUGCCAGGUAGAGGAGGUGGCGUGUGUGACAAAGUGACAGAGCCAGAGACAGAGUGAGCAGGAGGAGAGUGGAGGUGAAGCGGUAAGCAUGCAGUAGCUUAUCCUGCAGGGAGGGAGCAGGGAGGGAGCAGGCAGGUAGGGUCAUUUACACUCUGGACGCUGGGGACGUGUACCCACCACUUUUUGUAAGCAUUUGUUAAAAAUAUUCUCAAAAAUAGCUAUAAGAAAGGUUCACAAUAAGAAAACCUGCAGUGCAAUGUCAGUGUAGAAGAAACCUCUGCGUUAUCCAAAAAAGGAACUUAAUAAUAAUAAGGUACUCAUUACUGUAUUUUAUAUAUGUAUAUAUAUAUAUAUAUAGGCCAAUAUAAAUAUUCUGAAUUGUCAUAUUCUGAAUUUUGUGCUUCCUUUAAGAAAAUGUCUCCAGAAGGCAGGAAAUUAAGUGUUUAAUGCUCAAAAUCUUCUGGGGGAGGAACUCCAGACCCCCAAUCGAACAUUUUUUUCAAUAUAUAUUUCUCCUACAUAGGCCUAUUAAAAUAUAUUCUUGUCUUGUAGUCAUGCCCACCAAUCUUGUGCAAUGUCACGUCUCAGUGUUUCGUAACACCCCUAAUCUGACCCCAUAAAUGGAAGGAUUGUGUAUGGGUGAGGGGUGUCCAUCAGAUUUUGGUGGGCUGCCUCGGCCAAAAAUGCCAAGGCCAAUUUUUUUGUCCCAGUCCAUCCCUGAUCUGUACCACAGACAUCCUGUUAUCCAGAACCAUAAAAACACAUCCAUGGCCCAGACCUUUUCACUGGUUGACAUUGUAAUGAACAUGGUAGUUUAUUUUGACUUACUUAAAGGUGGGGUAAGCGAUUCUAACCCAGUACACGUCUUGAAACAGAAUCUGGUGUUUAUACACAGUCCUGGCUCUGUAAAUGAGAAACAAACAAAGUGGCUUGGACCAAGCCUCACAACACUGUUCCAGCCAUGAUUUACGUGUCAGAUAAUGUUACAUGUCUUGCCCAGAGACAUUCAGCUUACUUUCUAGUUCACCAUGCUGUUGUUGUGGCAUUAGCUAUAGUCGCAGGAGAAUUGUGAGUAUCGCUGUCUGGUGCUGGUGUGCUGGCUCUGGAGCUGUCAGCAGCAGCAACUGUAGCAACAGUUUGCUAACCCACAACUUAGCUAACGUUAGUUACAUUACUUGCUGUGUCAUUGUUCGCUCUAUAUCAUGUUAUUGUCAUGGUAUUGGAUUUCUCCAGAAUUGCUUACCCCACCUUUAGCUUCAGAGCACAGCUGUUUUAGUAAACUGGCACUUAAAAAAAGAAGCUUUACAUUUAAAGAUUUGUUUGUGCCACAGGAAGUUUAUAAUAGGUUUUGUUAAUGCUAGCAAAAAUACAGAACAUGGCCAGUCUCAUCUUUAAACAGUAUUGUGAAGCUGGAUGAUGAGUAGUAGUAGUAGUAGUAGUACUUGGCAGUACAGGCCCAAGCUUUAAGUUUGUAUCGCCUGAAUAACAUAAAAUGUGUCUGAAUGUCGAUCCAGUCAGUCUGGUAAGAGUAGCUGGGAUUUUGUGUCUGUUACCAUAUGAAUAUGGCACCUGUAUGAUCAAAAAUCUGCUGUUUUACAAAGAAGAAUAAAUACAGAUAUUUAAUGUCAGGGAGAGAUGUCAGAAAAAGAUUAAACGUGUAUAGAAGGCAGAAAAGAGGAGGAAAAAUGUUUAUCCUGGAUUUAAUCACAGAUCACCCAAAUCUGCUUGCAUCCCAGCAUUAAUGCCUAGCAAUAUGGACGCAGGGAUUAAUAUGACAAAAUUUACUGUUAGUGCCGGUUUACAGUAAGUAAAAAAUUUUACUUGUAACAUUCAGCAUUUAGCUUGUAUGCCGAGAAAAUUGGGUGGGUUUGACACAAACCCUAAGGCCUUGGGGUAAUUCCCCUACAGCACGGUAGCUUUUUCAAUUUUAUGAAGGCUGGAAGUCAAAGAUGAACUAUUUUUGAGAUUUUGUCCAUCACACACUCCACUGGUCAGCCAUGUUGGGGCGGACUUUGAUUCAAUUCAUUGAAAUUUAAUUUGUUUUGUAAGACUAAAUCUACGGGCAAACAGCAUUUAUUACUGCUUUCUCUUCUGUGUUUAUAAGGAUAUUGAGAGUGACUUUGCAUUGUCCACCGUCCUCUUGGGAUUUUUGCAGGUACAGAAUGUUUUCUGAUUUCCAAAUCUUGAGGGGAAAGGGAUUUUGGACUGCAGAUUAUUAUUUUAUAUAGUUACAAAUUCUAUUUAUUAAAGCAUAUGUAUCGCAUUCAUCUCACCGUAUUUGAUUGUCAGCUGUUUUUUAAUAAGAAUGCAAUAAAAUGUUUCUCUCUGAUAAGAAUAAUACACUUUAAGUUCAAAAUGCACCCGAAGAUGAAGCCUCUGUUUUUGGCUUGUUGUCAUGUCACAAGACCAAAUUAAAGUUGUCAUUUGAUUUAAGUCUACGUAAGCCUGGUAUUUGUCACUGUCCCAGGAGAUGGACCCAAUUGAGACUUGAUCCUCCGUCUCUUGUUAUAAUAUACAGAGCGAGCGAGGUCGUCUGCGAUUUGUUCAAUCUGCUCUGUGUUCUCCUGAAGCUCUCUAAUGGGAUGAGCAGCAAUUUUCUACACAAGGAUUUAUAAAGGAGCCAAAUGUAAAAAAAAAAAUAAUAAUAAAAGAUUUGCCAUCUUUGACGGAGAUGAGUUAAACAUUA